AUGAAGCAAGUCGAAAAUUAUAAACCUAAGUACGUGCAGCAGUCGGUCUCCGACAGUAGGAAUCCAUCCGAGGGGUAUUGGAGUCAUCAACAAAAGAAAAUUCAGCUUGUUCCGGGUUGCAGAAACAGCAGGAAUUCGGAUACAGUGGCGAGCUACUCCUGCUCGGCUACUUAUAAGCUACAGAAGGGUCAUGGGUGUUCCAAUCUACCACACUCCAAGUACACGUCGCCUCACGGACCCGACGCGUCGCACCAUUUGCAGGGUCACUCGAAAUUCGGCAGAGAGAAACACAUCGUCAACUUUUCGUCGACGAGGAAAAAUCGCUACGACGACGAACUGGGGAACAACGAGAAAUUUAAGUACUUCGACGAUUUGGGGAACUCCACCGAGGACAAUGGGGAGGAGGACGCGGAAGAGGAAGAGGAUGAUAGCGAGGAGGCAGAAUUCCGGACCAAGGAUUACGACGAGCAGGAGGUUGACGACGAAAUAGACGAAGAAUCCGACGCGACGCCGCGGAACCAUAGAGUCCAGAGGGGCAAGAAGGAGGCAUUGUCGAGGCAACAGCGAUGGAGGGCCGUCGAGCAGCAGCAAGAUCCGCGAAGGCUUUGUUGCCAGCAACGUGUGUUGGCUUUGGGCCAAGGUCAUUCGUCAUCAGCCAGGUGCUAUCGCAACGUCGCCGAACACGACGUUCCCGUGCCCUUAUCAGAAGAAGACUUCGUCCCAACUUCGCUGAAGAGUCCAAUGAGGCGACCAACCGCGGACUAUCAUCAAUGGACACCGUCGAGAGGCGAGUCCGAUCGAUACGAUGCCGCAGCAUUGCCAAUUCAGUCUCGACGAGCCCGCGCGAAACCAGAGAUGGACCACCUAAUAGAGUCUGAGCUGAGCAAACCGAGGAAAUGCAAUCGUUGCGGUAACCUGUCGAGCAAGAGGAUCGAAUCGCCCACGAGAACCAGCUGCAGAUACGAUGAUCGUGCGAGCUUUCCUACCAAGGGACCAAUCGGCGACGAGCCUGACAGCCACGAGCAAAUGUUCUGCGGCCGUUGCAGCUUGAGGUAUACCGCGAAAGACGUCCCACCACACGUCUGUUCGACGAAAUCGCGUAGAUCCCGAGAGAAGAAGUCAUCUACGAUCUACGAAGUUCCCGAACAAGGCCAUCUCGAGCAACCGUCCUCGUCGAAGUACCACAGAAAGCCUGUGGAUAUGUUCCCCGAGAAAGUGAAACGUUCCAUGCACGCGUCCCACGGUCUUUUGCGAGUACCACCUCGUUACGUGGAGUGA